UCAGUCUUAUACCCAUGCUCGAAUUUAUUGAUAUUCUUUGGGUACUAGUUGAGCGGAAAUCAAGGCAACAAAGCUCUACCUCGAGCUGAUAGAAAGCUCACUUUCAAAUGUGCGCGAGAUCUAGAAUUUAAUGUUGAAGAUCGAUGAGACGCAGGGUAACAGAGCUGAUACCGUAAACAGAGCUAGUCAUCAUUCAGUUGCCGCCUACAGAUUGACUAAAAAUUUCAUUAUUAUCAUAAAUUAUUUUUUUAAAUAAAAAUGACGUCUUACCUAUUUCAUUCCAUCAUUAAAGUUCAACGCACACUGACAGCUGACAUGAAAUCAUUCUAAUUAUGAAGUGAUCUGAAGCGGUGGUUAUUAAGAAUAAUAAUUAUUUCAAUAAAUCAUGGCCAAAGAAAAUCAUUCGUACAGAACAACGCUGCCAGUGCGUGGAUACGCGGAGGUGAAUCUUUGCUCGGUAUUAUCGCUGGGCAAGGAUCUCAGCAAGAUCGUGAUGCCAGUUACCUUCAAUGAGCCGCUUUCAUUUCUUCAACGAGUUGCUGAGUAUAUGGAGUACGCUAAGCUUCUCAAAUUAGCUGCUGCUGAAGAGACUCCUGUUAAAAGACUUCAAUACGUUGCUGCUUUUGCGGUGAGUGCACUUGCCUCUAAUUGGGAACGUCAUGGUAAACCUUUCAAUCCACUGCUCGGCGAAACUUAUGAACUAGAACGUGAAGAUUUCCGAAUUUUAUGUGAACAAGUAUCACACCAUCCACCAGUAUCGGCAUUUCAUGCCGACAGUGAAGAUUUUAUUUUUCAUGGCAGCAUACACCCAAAACUUAAAUUUUGGGGUAAAAAUAUUGAAAUUCAUCCAAAAGGUAUUGUAACCGUUGAAUUGCCUAAAUGGAAAGAGGCUUACACUUGGCAGAAUGUAAACUGCAUACUACACAAUGUACUUGUCGGACAAUUGUGGAUGGAGCAAUUGGGUGCCUUGGAGAUAAAGCAACGCGGGGGUGCUAAUCUGAAAGCCACAUUGUCAUUCAAGAGUGCCGGGUCUAGUGGAAAAGAUUUGCAUCGCGUCGAGGGUUUUAUUACCGAUCCCGAGAAAAAACGUUUAGUUUUUUUGUAUGGAAAGUGGACAGAAAAAUUAUGUGCAUGUGAACCGAGUUUGUACGACGAGACACUUGAAAGGAUAAAGCGUGAAGCCAAAAGUCCAAUAGGUAGUCCAGGUCAUAAAAAAGUACUUGCGAAGCUCAAUAGUUUGACAAUAGGCGCUUUCAAGCCGUCACAUCAAGACGCUAUUGACGAGUCAACCGAUGGCGAAGACUGUUUUCCAGUAGAAGAAAUUCCCGGUUCCACAACGUUGUGGGAAGUCGCUCCCAGACCUGCCAACAGUGCAGACUAUUAUCAGUUUACACAAUUCGCCAUGACUUUAAAUGAAAUGGACGCGAGUAUAAGCCAGAAGAUAUGUCCAACUGAUUCAAGAUUGAGGCCGGACAUCCGCAAACUCGAGAACGGCGACCAGGACGGCGCGGCAGCUGAAAAAAUAAGAUUAGAAGAAAAACAACGCGAUAGCCGACGAUCCAAAAAGCACAAAAAAACUGUAGAAACGUUACCUAGAUGGUUCCAGUCAGGUGAAAACCCAUACACAGGACUGGAAGAUUGGCUGUAUCGCGGCGGAUACUGGGACAGAAAUUUUUCAGACAUCGAAGAUAUUUUUUAGACAUUUCCACACACGAUUGUAAAGAUGACGUUCGAUACAGAAUGUUACUUGUCAAAUAAAUUCGCUUGUGUGACUUGUACCUUCAAACUGUCGUAUCAUUAGGUGACUUGUAUUCAAUUAGUUAAAAAAAAAAAAAAGUUAUUACAUAAAUGUAUGUAUAUCUAUAUGUAGAAAGUAUAUUUCAAUGAAAUUAAAUUGUGUAAAUUUAUGUGAGAAGUGAUUUAAUUAAUUAAUUAAACUAAAUGUACAUUUUUAUGAAACGAGUAAUUAUUGUUGCAGAGUACUCUAUUGAUGUUGAGUAAUGAGUAUUAAUAAACAAGUACGGGCGAUAAGAAAGAGUGAAGAGUAAAUGAUAAAUGAUAAUAAUAUAUAUUAUUUAUUAUCAUAAAUUAUAUUGGAUAUUUAAGUUAAGUCACUGACUGUUUAUUGCGUGAUUUUGAUCACUGCGG